UGAAUCUCCUUUGGCCAGUAGCUUCGAGGCCCAUCAGCACUGCAGGAAUGGCGGAUUUUGGGAUCUCAGCUGGCCAGUGUGUGGCGGUGGUGUGGGACAGAUCUUCCCCGGUAGAAGCUCUGAAAGGUCUGGUGGAUAAGCUGCAAGCCUUGACUGGCAGUGAGGGCCGAGUGGCUGUGGAAAACAUCAGCCAACUGCUGGAAUCUGCCCACAAAGAAUCCAGCUUCGAUGUUAUUUUGUCGGGUGUUGUUCCGGGAAGUGCCGCUCUGCACAGUGCUGAGAUUUUGGCUGAGAUGGCCCGGAUCCUUCGGCCUGGUGGAUGUCUUUUUCUGAAAGAGCCAGUAGAGACAGCUUUAGUUAACAAUGGCAGAGUAAAGACAGCAUCUAAACUCUGUUCAGCUCUGACUCUUUCUGGACUUGUGGAAGUAAAAGAGCUGCAGCGGAAAUCCUUAAGCCCUGAGGAGACACAGUCUGUUCAAGAACACCUGGGUUACCAAAGUGAUGGCCUGCUCUCUGUUCAGGUCACAGGCAGAAAACCAAACUUUGAAGUGGGUUCUUCUAGUCAGCUUAAGCUUUCCACUGUCAAGAAGCCUCCUUCAGUGAAGCCUGCCGUGGACCCUGCUGCUGCCAAGCUCUGGACUCUCUCUGCCAACGAUAUGGAGGAUGACAGCAUGGAUCUCAUUGACUCAGAUGAGCUGCUGGACGCAGAAGAUUUGAAGAAGCCAGAUCCUGCUUCCCUGCGGGCUGCUUCAUGUGGGGAAGGGAAAAAGAGGAAGGCUUGUAAGAACUGCACAUGUGGCCUCGCAGAAGAACUGGAAAAGGAGAAGUCGAAGGAACAGAAGAGCUCCCAGCCCAAGUCGGCUUGUGGGAACUGCUACCUGGGUGACGCUUUCCGCUGUGCCAGUUGCCCCUACCUGGGGAUGCCGGCCUUCAAACCUGGGGAGAAGGUACUUCUAAGCACCAGCACUCUGCACGACGCCUAG